CACAAAGGUUAAUUUGCUUAUCAAAAUGUGAAACCAAAAAAUAGAAUCACAACUAAUUGGCACUUGAUUUGAGAAUAAAAACUAAAAAUUUCAGCUACAUUAUUUGCUUGAUUAUUUAUUCCUUAAGCAAAAUGUUGACAUUAACCAUUUUUUUUUUCUUUGUAAUUGCAAACACUCCCUAGUCUAAUUGAUCCAAGUUCUAUAUACUCUCUCUGUGUCAGGUUGAUUUUGAAUUUGUAAAACUGCAGGAAUUUUAUGAUUCAUCUCGAACUUUUAUCGGUUAUGGGGAAUGAUUUCAUAUACCAAGUCCAAACCAGGAAAAUCGUAUGGCUUAUCGGGCUUAUUAUAGCCUCGAUUUUAAUCAUACAGUCUUUCGAGCUACCAUACAGAGACAGAUUCCUAUCUCUGUUUACUUCAGAAAAGGCUUAUUCCAAUUCCUCUGUUCAUCUCAAUAGCAAAUUCCCAUCAAUUCUGAAUUCAGGUGAAAAAAAUAUUUCGAAAACAAUUUUCCCUCCCGAAAAUGUGUCCGAUAUUAGUCCGUCUUUAAGUACUUUCGCUCGAGAGAACAAAGUUUCCCCGGGCCCGACAAAAAGCCCGGUAAUUUAUCGGUUAUCGGUUGGGAACAUCACUGAAGCUCAUAGUCCUUUGCCUCCAUUUGUUUCGUCAUCUCAGUCAUUUGUUCCUAGAAGAAAUUCAAAUUUAAAUAUCGGUAACGAAAAACGGGCCUCCACGAAAAUCGGGCCUCCGGAGGAAAACCCUGAAAGCCCAUUGCCAGCUGUGGUGUCUUUAUCCGAGAUGAACGACAUGUUGGCCCGUAGUUGGAAGUUGCCCGACACAAUGAUCAGCCCACAAUGGCAUUCGGAUGCGGAUCAAGAAUUGGUCGAUGCAAGAUUCGAAAUCGAGCAUUCGCCUAUUGUUCGGAAGCAUCCGAGCCUAUACGCACCUAUUUAUCGAAAUCUUUCAUCGUUUGUGAGGGGAUAUGAAAUAAUGGAGAAGAAGCUCAAGAUUUACAUCUACAAGGACGGGAAAAAGCCCGUUUUCCACCAGCCGAGGCUCAAGGGAAUAUACUCGUCUGAGGGCUGGUUCAUGAAGCAGCUAAAGUCGAGCAGCCGGUUUCUAACCAACGACACGAACGUGGCCCACCUCUUUUACCUGCCGUUCAGCUCCCAACUUCUCGUGGACUACGUUUACGUGCGUGAUUCCCACACAUUUCGCGACAUAAACGAGUUUUUGGAGAAUUACAUCCGCACGAUCAAGACAAGGUACCCUUUCUGGAAUCGAACGGACGGCGGGGAUCAUUUUCUAGUCGCGUGCCACGAUUGGGCACCGAUCGAGACCCGACAACUCAUGUCGAACUCCACGCGGGCCCUAUGCAACUCGGACGUGAAGGAAGGCUUCCGUUUCGGAAGGGACGUCUCGCUUCCCGAGACGUACAUACAUUCGCCUCAAAGCCCGAUGAGGGAUAUCGGGGGCCCGCCGCCCUCAAAGCGCAAGAUUUUGGCCUUCUUCGCGGGCCAAAUGCACGGCCACGUACGCCCGAUUCUAUUACGACAUUGGGAGAACAAAGAUCCCGACAUGAAGAUUUUUGGGUGGAUGAGAAAAGGGUACACGUGGCACAUGAAGAACAGCAAGUACUGCAUUUGUGCAAAGGGAUAUGAGGUCAACAGCCCGAGGGUAGUCGAGGCCAUACUCUACGGUUGCGUGCCGGUUAUUGUGUCGGACAAUUUUGUCCCUCCGUUUUUCGACGUGUUGAAGUGGGAGUCAUUUGCGGUUUUCGUUCCCGAGAGGGAUAUUCCGAAUUUGAAGGGUAUAAUCGUCUCGAUAUCGGACGAGAGGUAUUUAGUGAUGCAAAAGAGGGUGGAGAUGGUGAGGCGGCAUUUCAUGUGGCAUAGUAAACCCGUGAAAUACGACAUUUUUCAUACUAUACUUUAUUCGGUUUGGAAUAAUAGAGUUUUGAGGACAAAGUGAUUAAUUAAGUUGGUUGAUUAUGGUCGAGAUAUAAAUUGUUUUUUUUUUUUUUAAUUAUUAUUGUGGAGAUGGAAAUUGUUUGAUUGUUGAAAAUUUGAAAUUGGUGAAUAAGAAUGAAUUGAAAUGGAAUAAUAGAAUGAAGGGUUACACGGUUUGGGCCUUGUUAAUUGGCUGGGUUUUUUGGGAAAUUAUACAUGUAGGAUAUUGAAGUUUGAAUGUAUAAUUUAAUUUUUA